AGGAGAUGUAACAUAAAAACAGAUUAGUUUUUUAGCACUGAGACCAACAGAAGAAACUCCUCUAGAAAAACCAACACUGGAGCUUAAGCCACAAGUGAAGAGGAGUCUGAUGCUAAAAACUGAAGAAAGAGAACGAUAGACAGAAAACAAGUGAGAGACCACAGUGAAAGCAGUCAAGUUUCUAACUUGAAGUACAGUUUUUUCAUAAGCUUGUUUUUGACACUAAACCCUGUACACACUUCUUAAGAACAAAACAGUAGGUGAAAUAAGGUCAAAGUGGCAAGAUGUGUAAUGCGUGUGCACACAUUCUGAGAACAUUCUUGUCUUUUGAUCUUCAGCAACAUAUCCGUUAACUGUACGUUUGGUUUCUAGUAAGACAAAAGUAAGACCCCUCUCUUGUUUUCAACUGAAACAAGCUAUACUUUGCAAUUUAACAAGUGUGAUACGUCCAUCUGUUUCUCUGUUGUUUCAGGCAGUUGAAGAUUGGUCAAGGAGAAAAAUCCUAAAAGCAGCAAUGUUUAAUUCUACAGUGUCACAGUCUUGCCAGAACACAACACAGGGCGAGCAGGAUGUGAUUUUUGUUGCCGUUUAUGCAGUGGUCUUCAUUGCUGGACUAGCCCUCAACCUCACUGCGCUUUGGAUUUUCUUUAGCAACUCAAAGUCACGGUCGCACACCACCGUCUACAUGAUCCACCUAGCCUUUGCAGAUGUUCUCCUGAUUUGUACCCUUCCUCUGCGAAUCUAUUACCAUGGAGGUUUUAAAGAUCUGCAUCAGAAAAUCUGUGAAUUUGCUGGACUCAUACUUCUAGCUAAUAUGUAUGGAAGUAUCUUCCUCCUUACAAGCAUUAGCUUCGACCGGUGUGUAGCAGUCUGCUUCCCGAUGUCCUCUCGUGUUCGCGAGGGCCGAAAGAAAGCCUGGUGCAUCUGUCUGGGAAUCUGGGUCUUAACUAUAGGAACGAGUUGGCCAAUCUACUUCAGAAAGGUGCUACUGCACCAUUCUUCCAAUACGACGAUGCAAAAACAUUGUUUCGGGAGCUUUCCUGUAUAUGCCACUCAAACUGCUACUCUCAUCUCUACGUUAAUUGUUGGAUUUGGGAUUCCAUUGACUGUUAUGAUUCUCAGCUCAUGGGGGCUCGUCCGAGCUAUAAGUAAAAGCAAUGCUGCCCAGACCAGUGAUCUAGUAGACAGCAAAAGGAUCAAGAGGAUGAUAACAACUAACUUGGCCAUCUUUCUGUUCUGUUUUCUGCCGUAUCAUUUGAUGCUGUUGAUACUGUAUGUUUAUACAAGUUCUGAAAGCAUCCCAUGCUCCCUGGUGCCAGCCUACCACUACAGCCUGAUGAUAGCUUGUCUGAAUGCAGUGCUGGACCCUCUUGCUUACUACUUCACCACAGAGACUUUUCGUAGAAAGAUGGAUGUAGGAGCUGUACGCAAAAUAUGGCAAAUGAACAGUCACAGCUCAGAUGGAAACAACCGACCUCGAGCCCCUCUCAAUACAUGAGUAAUACUUCGAACUGCAUAAACUGAGGAUCGAAAUGAGUGUUCAUGCAGGUCUCUUGUGCUUGACAUUACAGUUUGUAUGCCUACUCAUACAGCUUAUGAGGAAGGAAAGAAAACCGUAAGACUGUUGCAGCAUCUCAUUUUCACUUGCAACAGAAUGAGUGUCUUCACUGUUUGAAGAAUCGUGGAUGGCAUUUAUAGCUAUCCUCUCUGCAUGACAUAAAGUUCAACUUUGGCUGUAUAAAAAAAGAGUCAAAGCCACAAGAGAUGCCUAACACAUUUCUUGACUGUUGUCUGAAGUAUACUCGAUACAGUGGCCCAGCCUCUUCUAGUAGAGGUUCGUUGUCUUUCUGAGAUAUGCUCUUCUGAGGGAAAUUCUGCCCCUUUAUUGUGCAUAGGAAUUUUGACCUAUUGGAAACAUGAAUUGUUAAACAUUAAUACUUAAAUGACAGGUGUUGAUUUUAUCCCUAUUACAUUUACGAUGAGAGAGUGUUUUUAUCUUCAGUAGUUUGUGGGAUACAAUAAACUGUAAGUUAGAUAUAUGUUUAACAUUGUACUGCUUUUUUGCAAGUGUCCACAUACAGUAUGUGCUUAAUUUAGCUUAGGUUUUCUGGUAUUCUUGUGAGCCUUUUUUAAAGUAGUUUUUAGCCACUAAAACCCUUUUUCUGCCCUAUCAGUUUCCACAUCCUUCCAUUUCUUUAACACAUCCGCAUGUGCACUGAAUCAAAGUACAACCCCUUCUCAUGUCUUAACAUUAAAUAAUACAGUUUCAGAUUAUUUUUUUAUUGAUUUUUCAUUAUGUUUUGAUUUUUUAAGUAUAUUCUGAUGGUUGUAAUAAACUAUAGUAUAGAUCAAAACAUUCGUCUGCUAAAACCUGUGAUAUAUAAUUUGCAAUGUAAAAGAAAACACAUCUGAUAAUCAGCAGUUCACUCUCUGCUGAUUUUUAUAGUUACUGCUAAAACAGUUCAUAAAAUUCAGAAAGCACAGCGCAGUUUAUAGGGGCAACAUUUGAGCUGCUGUUGUCAAUCUCAUGGGUAUAUUUUCAGCACAGGUUACAUACUUUUUCUAUUCCCAUUUUAUUUGUCUGCUAACAUUAUCACUUCAUGCAUUUAUUGCAUUUAAAUGUCAUUGCACAUACUUGAUUUAAUUUCAGUACUACAGUUUAAAUCAACUUGUACUGUUAUUGUUGUGUUGCUUGUUGUAUUUUCUGUAGAUUUGCUGAUUUUAUACUUUUCCAUUGGUAAUUAAUAAUAUAUGUAUUCAAAUAUAGUUUGCCAACUACAUCUUAAAUGGUUCCCUCACACCUACACCUAUAGGGCUGCAGGCUACAUGGGGUUAUUAUUUGGCGUAUAACCCUAAAACAAGAAGACUAAAACUUUUCAUUCGGUCUUUCUGCAGCAUCAGUAAACUUGAUAUGACUUGUGAAGCCAAUUUGAUUAGUAAUUUAAUGCAGCAAUAAUCAGAUGGUACACGGACCGUCAUGGUUAAAUCAUGGUUACUGUCGUCAAAUAAACCAUGGCUGUGUCUGAAACAGCUCCCUAUCUCCUAGGCCUAUAUAGUGCACUAUAUCGUGUUUCCGCCAUUUUGUAGUGGUGUCCGAAACCUGAGUGAACUACUUCAAUCCCUACAUUAGCUCACUCUCUUUUACCCACAAUGCACUCUGAUUUUGAGUGUACAUUCAAUGUACACUCGCUCACUCACUAUUUCCCAUGAUACAACACGCGACGACUGCUUGAUUAGAAUCAGCUGGGAGAGUGGCCGUUAAUGCCACGAA